AUGAGGGAGCCAGUCAUGAAAGCUUCAGGCUCAACUGCCCUCUUAAAUUUCUCUCUGCUUCUCCUUCUAUUCUUCAGGCCCAGAUUAGAUCUGCAGUUUCUCCAGCGGUUCCUGCAGAUACAAAAGGUUUUGUUUCCCUCUUGCUCAUCACAGAAUGCCUUGAUGUUCCUGACCCUUUUGGGUGUGGCCCUCCUGGAACAACUAGUGAUCUACCAGGUUGGCUUGAUCCCCAGUCAGUACUACGGGGUCCUGGGAAACAAAGACUUGGAUGGGUUUAAGGCCCUGACAUUCCUGGCUGUUGUGCUCAUCGUUCUCAACUCCAUGCUGAAGAGCUUUGACCAGUUCACCUGCAACCUGCUGUAUGUGAGCUGGAGGAAGGACCUCACCGAGCAUCUCCACCACCUCUACUUCCGCGGCCGCGUGUACUACACCCUCAACGUGCUGCGGGAUGACGUCGAUAACCCGGACCAGCGCAUCAGCCAGGACGUGGAGCGGUUCUGCCGGCAGCUCAGCAGCAUGGCCAGCCAGCUGAUCAUCUCGCCCUUUACCCUCGCCUAUUACACCUACCAGUGCUUCCAAAGCACAGGCUGGCUCGGGCCCGUGAGCAUCUUCGGGUAUUUCAUCCUGGGAACCGUGGUGAACAAAAUGUUGAUGGGGCCCAUUGUGGCGAAGCUGGUGCAGCAGGAAAAGCUGGAGGGGGAUUUCAGGUUCAAGCACAUGCAGAUCCGUGUGAAUGCUGAGCCUGCUGCUUUCUUCAGAGCUGGGCAUGUGGAGCACAUGAGGACAGACCGCAGGCUGCAGAGACUCCUUCAGACCCAGAGGGAGCUGAUGUCCAAGGAGCUCUGGCUGUACAUGGGUAUCAACACGUUUGACUAUCUGGGGAGCAUCCUGAGUUAUGUUGUGAUCGCAAUCCCCAUUUUCAGUGGCGUUUAUGGAGACCUUAGCCCCACAGAGCUCAGCACCCUGGUCAGCAAGAAUGCCUUCGUGUGCAUUUAUCUCAUCAGCUGCUUCACCCGGCUCAUCGACCUCUCCACCACUCUCUCGGAUGUGGCUGGUUACACCCACAGGAUAGGGGAGCUUGAGGAGACCCUGCUGGACAUGUCCCUGAAGUCACAGGACGGCGAGCUCCUGGACGAGGGCGAGUGGGACUCACACAGGGCCCCGGGAUGGCCACCAGCAGAGCCAGCGGACACAGCUUUUCUCCUGGAUCGGGUCUGCAUCUCCGCGCCCUCCUCUAACAAGCCCUUAAUCAAGGAUCUGAGCCUAAAGAUCUCCGAGGGGCAGAGCCUGCUCAUCACCGGCAACACGGGCACCGGCAAGACCUCCUUGCUCCGCGUGCUGGGUGGCCUCUGGGCGAGCACACGGGGUGAGAACCAGCCUCCAGCCCUGAGCCAGCCUAGGCUUGGCGGGUGUGUGUGUGAGCCUGGGUGGUUCCUGGGGCUGAUUCUGAGGGAGGGUGGGCUGUGUGCAGCCCCAGCGUGGCCUGGUCCUAGGCCAGCGUGCUUUCUGUUUUAUCAGGUGAUAUACCCCCUGAAGGAGAUCUACCCGGACUCAGGUUCUACUGAUGAUGAGAGGAUCAUGAGGUUCUUGGAGUUAGCAGGCCUGUCCGACUUGGUGGCGAGGACAGAGGGGCUGGACCAUCAGGUCGAUUGGAACUGGUAUGACGUUCUGUCCCCCGGAGAGAUGCAGAGGCUGUCUUUUGCCCGGCUCUUCUACCUGCAGCCGAAGUACGCAGUGCUUGAUGAAGCCACCAGUGCCCUGACUGAGGAGGUGGAGAGUGAACUCUACCGCAUCGGCCAGCAGCUAGGCAUAACGUUUAUCAGCGUGGGACAUCGGCGCAGCCUCGAGAAGUUUCACUCCUGGGUUCUGAAACUCUGCGGAGAAGGAAGGUGGGAACUGACCAGAAUCAAAGUGGACUGAAGCCAAGGAUGUGGCUGGCCACUGAAAGGAGAGCCAAGCUCGGGGCGUGGCAGUGCCCAGGAGACACCCAAAGGCCCCAGGUUCGUCUCACAGGUUCUUUGCAGGGAGCGCUGGCAGUAGUGGCCCACCUAGGUGUGGCCUCCAUGGGGUGCUAGUCCUGCCAGGCUUCCUGCUACCUCAGCCAGGGUGCCAGACAUUUGAAGUGCUAAUUAUUUCCUUACAAAUUACUUCAGAUUUGUUUUCUAAAGAAAAACCUAAAAGUGAGGACUCGAUAAGCAAUGAAGGAUCAAUGUGGAGAGAAUGUUGGACUUGGAGUCAAGAGAUUCAGAAAUCUUUUUAAUUGGUUGAAUUAUACAACAGGUUUUUAACUUGAAUCAGCUAUUUAAAUUUUAUAACUUUUUUUAUAUAAAAUAUAAACAUUAAAAAUAUUUACAACUUUC